GCCCCGAUGGCCCCAAUUUGGGCAGCUGUAUUGCUGACAACGGCAGAGACCGUCUGCAUUUUGGUUGUCUCCCAUGGCGCGAAAAGAAAUUGGGCCAAAAGAGAAGUGGAAGAGGAGGGCCAGAGGCUGACUUGUGAUAUAGUGUCAAGUUGUCAACUGUGUGUGAGAACAGCGUAGUUUGGUUGGAAUGUUGACGGUAGAGAAGUGUUUUUUUCGAGAUUGGAACUCGCAUAUUUGUAUACAAUUAGACCUCCAAAAGUAUAUUUUGU